AUUAAUGUACAGGGAGGGUGUCAGGUGCUGUGUAACCUUGUGCUGGGAGAGGAGAGGAAGGUGCACCUCUAUCCACACUGACACUUCUGAUCACAGGAUAUGCAGCGCUGCUCCUCUACACAACAUCACUUGUAGAUGUGGAUUGUUCCAGAAUCUGAAAUUUUCAGCAUGGGAUUGUGGUCCUUCAGCAUCGGAGCCCUGGGAGCUGCAGUAGCUGGAAUAAUACUGGCCAACACCGAUUAUUUCCUUUCUAAAACUGAGAAAGCCUCUCUAGAAUAUCUAGGAAAUGCCGACCUACAGACUAUAUCAGAUGAAUCAAGGACUUUCAAAGCUAAAGAACUGUGGGAGAGGAAUGGAGCCGUGAUAAUGGCUGUACGAAGACCUGGCUGUUUUUUGUGCAGAGAGGAGGCUGCAGGGUUGUCGUCACUUAAGUCAGAUCUUGACCAGCUUGAAAUCCCGCUAUAUGCUGUGGUGAAGGAAAAGAUUGGAACUGAAGUAGAAGAAUUCCAGCCCUACUUUACAGGGGAGAUUUUCCUUGAUGACAAGAAAAGAUUCUAUGGACCGCAGAAGAGGAAGAUGAUGUUCCUGGGACUGAUCCGAUUGGGAGUUUGGCAGAAUUUCCGCAGGGCCUGGAAAGCUGGAUUUGAAGGGAAUCUUGAAGGGGAAGGUCUGAUCCUGGGAGGGGUGUUUGUAAUUGGCUCUGGAAAUCAGGGAAUUCUUCUGGAGCAUCGUGAGAAGGAAUUUGGAGAUAAGGCAAACUUGACGGCUAUACUUGAAGCUGCUAAGAAGAUCAAGCAGUCGGGAUCCCAUUAAAGGCGUGGAAGCUGCCACAGAGAGCAGCAGUCCUUAAACUGUGGCCCCCUGGCCUGUCUUUACAUGAUGUUCUGUGUGGAACAAUAAUUUACAGAUGUUAUUUAUUUUUCUGCUGACUAUAAAAAAAAAUUACAGACUUAUUCAUUAGGCAGUGUGGAGAACAAUGAUAAUGUGAAAAAUGCAAAAAAAAAAAUACAUAUUAAUCAGAUUUCUGCUAUAGUCCAUUUAAAUGAUUUCUGAUUGGCUGCUGACAAAUUUGCGUUUUUUUGCAUUAUCGUCUUUCUUUGUAUUUGCUUACUGAAUAGUCCUGUUUGUGGAAUGCAUGCUAUACUUGGAAUGAGGUUAAUUUAUGGAAGCUGAACAAGAGGCUUUUGUCCGCUGCAUCUCAUCCGCUUCCAGCUGUCAUAUUCCAGUAUCUUAUUUUACGACAAAACAAAGAUGAUUGAUAACUUGGGGGAAUUUUUUUUUUUUUUAAUGAUGGGUUUGAAGGGCAUGUGAAAACACUACCUAUUUUUAUCUAAUACUGCUGAAAUAUACAGCUGUGCACACUUGCAAAUCCAGUAUCUGCAAAUGUCAGAAGACCAGGCAAGCUGCAUGAGAUCUGAAGAUGGAAGCGCUGGCUAUUUAUAAUAAAGAAUAGAAAAAUACAUGCCACUCCCGCCCUUAUGCAAGGGUAUAGAGGUAGUGUCGUAUCAGCAGCCCUGGAGUUUCAACCAGAUUUCUCCAAAGAAUAAUCCAAAAUAUGUCAUAAUUACAUAACCGUCUGCUGAAACUGUAUUUAUUGUACAGUGCACAUUAAAAGUCAGGUUACAGAG